AUGCAAAUUCUUAUAAAUGACAAUUUACCAAAAUCUGAUUCUAUUGCGGGAAUUCGUUCCGACCCUAAUUUUCCUACUUUAUUCUCUGCUACUGAUAAACCUUUUCAUCAAAAACGACGUAAACUUUUAUCUUCGGCUUUUUCAAUUAAAUACAUUGCUACUCUUGAACCUUUAAUGCGUUCUUGUACUAAUGUAUUAUUACAAAAAGUUCUAUCCCUUGCUAAUUCUAAUUCUAAAUCUAUUGAUUAUGAUGUUAAUGGUUUGCCAAUAUUAAAUAUUUAUGAAAUUGUGCAAGCUUGUACUUUUGAUGUAAUUGGUGAAACUGCUUUCGGUGGUUCUUUCAAUAUUGUUGAAAAAGAAAAUCAUCCGUUACCUGAAAAAGUUUUUCUUGAAUUGAAAAGACGUGUCAUGUGUCAUACUUUUCCUUACUUGAGAUCUUUUAUGAAAAAAGACAACUGGAUUGAUGAGUUUGUUUCGAAAAUUAUAAAAGAACGAAGAGAACUCAAUAUUAAUGACAAAAAACGUAAAGACAUUCUUCAAAUCUUGCUUGAUUCCAGUGAAAAAGUUGAUGAUCCAUUAACUGAAUUCGAAAUUCAAGAUCAAAUCAUCGAAUUCUUAAUUGCUGGUAGUGAUACUAGUUCUCUUACAAUAAACAUGGCUUUGAUAAUGCUCCUUUGUCAUCCUGAAAAACUUGAAACAUUAAUUGCCGAACUUGAUUCACUAAAACAAUCCUUAUCUGAUAACUCUUCAAUUUUAAUCCCAUCUCAUGAUUCCUUAAAGAAUCUUAAAUAUUUGAACGCUGUUAUUCAUGAGACUCUUCGACUGUUUCCUGCUUCUAUAGGUGGAAUUCUUCGUCAAACUACAAAAGACACUGUGAUUGAUGGUUAUUUGAUUCCAAAAAACACUACUGUAUCUGCUUCGAUAUGGUCAAUUCAUAAAUCAAAAGAAAUUUGGGGUCCCGAUGCUAAUGAUUUUGUGCCAGAACGUUGGUUAAAACCUGAAAAUUCACAAGUUAAGGGCGCUUUUUAUGCUUUUAGUGCCGGUUCACGUAAUUGUAUCGGUGUUAAUUUCGCUUGGAUGGAAAUAAGAUUAUUGUUGGCUAGUUUAUUAUUAAAUUUCAGUUUUGAAAUGGUUCAAAAUCAAGAUUUGGACAUGGUACACUUUAUUACUCCUGCUUUGAAAUCUAAAAAGUUUCUGGUUGGGGUUAAAGCACGUUGUUAA